GACACAAGACCAGCAGCCAGGACUGGCGAAAUAGGAGUUUAAGGGGUGCCUGAGAGCUUCUACAGCUCACCAUGGGCACUAGGACACUCUUACUACUGGUGCUGUUCACCAGCAGCUGCACGUUUGCCCAAGAUGAUGGGCCAGACAGCCAGAGCCCGAGUUGUUCUAGAGAUGCAACAAAAUUUAAGCACCUUAGGAAAUACACAUAUAAUUAUGAGGCUGGAACCUCCAGUGGAGUGACCGGUACAGCUGACUCACAAAGUGGAUCAAGAUUCAACUGCAAAGUGGAACUGGAAGUCCCUCAGCCAUGCAACUUCAUCCUGAGGAUAAAGCAGUGCACCCUGCGAGAGGUGUACGGCGUAAGCUCAGAGGGCAAAGCACUCUUCAAGAAGUCCAAGAACUCCGAGGACUUCUCCAAUGCUAUGUCCAAGUAUGAAGUGACCUUCAGCGUUGUGGAUGGAAAGCAGGUCAAUUUAUAUCCACACAAUGAUGAGCCGGUCAAUGUAUUAAAUAUGAAGAGAGGAAUCAUCUCAUCGCUCCUGGUUCCUGAUGAGACAAAGGAGACCAGUGGCAUGGAUACCGUGUAUGGUAAAUGCACCAGUGAGGUCAGUGUGUCUGGAAAGAAAGGAGACACAGAUAUUAAAGUGACCAGGAAUCUGAAGACAUGUGAUCAGUUCACACCACUCAGAGACUAUGUCAGCCCCAUCGCUCUCUUCAAAGGACUAAAUGCUCCAUUGUCCACCCUGCUCAGCAGCAGCCAGUCAUGCCAGUACAGCUUGGAACCUAGACGAAAGCACAUUUCAGAAGUAUCCUGUGUGGAGACUCAUAUGUUCCUUCCAUUUUCUCACAAAAACCAGUAUGGUAUGAUGGCUAAAGUGACACAGACGUUAAAACUGGAGGAUGUAUCAAAAACCAACAGCAGAGAGUUUUCAGACUCAGCAGUGGUCAAAGGCUUAGCCCUGGAGGCUUCUCAGUUCCAGUCCACUAAUGAAGAUGCAGUUUUGGAUAACCUCAUGGAGCUGCAGAAAUUGUCAACUAGCCAGCAAAACCAGCAAAGAGCAAACCGCUUCCACAAACUGGUAACUGCACUAAGAUCCCUCAACAAUGAUACUCUGGGCCCGCUCGUGCCAAGACUCAUGCAGCUGUCAAGCCCCAUUACACUGCAAGCUCUGACCCAGUGUGGUACUCCAGAAUGCUUCGGCGCUAUACUGCAGGUGCUGCGGACAGGGAACAUGUCUCCAGUACUGACUGAUACCGUUACCUAUGCGCUUGGCCUUUUACCAUCACCGUGCACCAAGCGUGUGCGUGAACUUCUGAACAUGGCACAGUACCAGCAAAGCAGAGCCUCAUUCUAUGCCCUGAGUCACACAGUAAACAACUUCUACAAAGACAGCUACACCAUCACUUCUGAGCUAAGGGAUGUGGCUGACUUCAUGUCAUCUCUGAUUGGGGACGAGUGCAAUGGAGACCAAGAUAAGACCUUCCUGACCCUCAAGGCUGUUGGCAUUAUGGGACGUGUGUUAGAAGAAGCCAACCCACAAAUCAGGUCAUCUGUUCUGAAAUGCGUUAGUCUGGCUCCAUCUGCUGACGUCCAGAAGGCAGCUAUCCAGGCUCUUCGGAAAAUGACAGUUACAGAUGAAGUUCAAAGCUCACUUGUGCAGGUUUUGCAGGACAAUAACUCUCCAGUCCAAAAGAGACUGGCAGCCUACCUCACUGUGAUGAAGGACCCCUCACAGUCUGACCUCCGUAAAGUCAUUCGAGUGCUCACUAAGGAUAACAGUCAAGUGAAGAACUUUGUUGCCUCACACAUUGCUAACAUUCUAAACUCUGAGGCUCCAGAGACUCAAGAGCUGAAAGCCAAACUGGAAGAGUCCCUCAGGUCAAACGGAGCACCAGCUAUUGUCAGUGACUUCACAAAGUUGUCACGCAACUACCAAUAUUCCAAGAAUCUGGAUGUUCCUGCAAUAGAGAGCAAUGUAGGCUCCAAGGUAGAAGGAAACAUAAUCUACGAUUCCACUGGCUACAUGCCUCGUGAAGUCAUGCUGAAGGAGACGCUGAAUGUAUUUGGACAGUCUGUGGACAUGUUUGAGAUUGGCAUUGAAGGGAAAGGUUUUGAACCAACACUGGAUGCUCUUUUUGGAAAAGGAGGCUUUUUCCCUGACUCCGCUACAAAAGCUCUGUACUGGGCAGAUGGCAAAGUCCCUGACAAAGUCAUUGAGGUUCUCUACAAGUGGUUUGGUAUCUCCAGAGAAGAUAGACAAACUGAGGAUAUUAAAAAGGCCAUCCUCUUUAAUGCUGAGAAGUUGAUCAAAGAAAUCAGAGCGAACAGUGCACCAGAGGCCAACGCCUACUUGGAAAUUCUUGGUAAAGAACUGGGCUACGUUAAACUGAGUGACUUCAAGAUCCUGGGAGAUAUGCUGCUGAAGAACGUCCACUCCAUCCACAAUCUCCCAGCAAAGAUUGUGAAGUUAUUCUCAGCUGGUGGUGAGAGUGAUAUGUUCGUCCACUACAUCUUCAUGGACAAUCAGUUUAGCCUGCCAACCGGAACUGGGCUUCAGCUCCAAGUGUCCAUGUCUGGAAUAAUUACUCCGGGAGCCAAGACUGGGUUUAUGUCAAAAAAUUCAAAAGUUGAACUGUCUCUGAAACCAUCAGUGGCUGUGGAAUUCGUUACCCAGUUAGGAGUCCAGAUUCCAGAAUUUUCCAAACAUGCAGUCCAAAUGAACACCAACAUUUACCACGAAUCCGGAGUUCAGGCUCGCGUCUCUUUGAUCAAUAGACAAUUCAAAUUCUCAAUUCCAGCACCCACCACUCCGGUAAAACUCUUCAGUAUCAACAACAAGGUCAACUUGGUCUUUGCAUCAAAGACUGAAGUCAUGUCUUCCAUCGUCGAAAAUCGCGAGGAGCAAAGCUCUUGCAAGCCUCUGAUCACAGGGCUGUUAUACUGUACCAACAUUGGGUAUUCCAAUGCCAGCUCAAUAGAUGGAGCCCCCUACUUCCCACUUACUGGGGAAACCAGGUUUGAACUGGAGAUUCAGUCAACAGGAGAGGUGCAAGAAUAUUCCCUGGCAACACGCUACGGCAAUAACAUGGAAGGAGAAGACUUUCUGCAAGUAUCCGCUCAAGCAGAAGGGGUUAAGUCAUCAGAGGCCUUGCUGACCUUUAAAUACAACCACGCCAAGAUGACCUUGACUGGUGAUUUGGAGAUCCCCAGCGCCAAUAUUAAUCUCGGUACCAGAUUUAAGAUGAAUGAUGACUCCGAUGAGUUCAUGUAUUCGCGCACACUUACUGCUGAAUUAAUCAACCAACAGAUCCCAGAAGUCACUCUGACUGGCAAGAUGAACUGUGAUCGCAGUUCACAAGGCACGAUGAGUGGGAUCCUUAGCAUCCCCAAAUUACACAUGGAGGCAAGGACAGAUGUCAAUGUUUUGAGCGAUACUGGAAACCACAAGCUUCAGAUACAGUCCUCUGCCAAUAUCUGCGCCUUGUCCGGAUCUCAGGACUUCGUGUUCACAUAUGACAACGAGAAGAUUGAGCUGCAGUGGAACACUGGCAGUAACACCAAUGUUAAGAAGAUCCUUUCCAAGCUUCCGGAAUUUCAAUUCUCUUACCCGGAGGCUAUCAAGACAUAUGCCAAUGAUGUACUGGACCAUAAGGUUGCUCAGACUGACAUGACCCUCCGCCAUAUUCUGUCACAGGGAAUGGUGGCAACAGACAAUUGGCUUGAGAAGGCAUCAAAUGAGAGCCCAUAUGCCCAAACACUUGCCAAUAAAUUGACUGCAUUGAAAGAAAUGGAUCUACAGAAACUGGGUGUUCCAGCCUUCCCAGAUGAUUUAUUUUUGAAUAGUGAUGGAAGAAUCAGUUAUCGUUUUAACAAGGACAGUAUUACCAUCAAUAUCCCAUUGCCCUAUGGUGGAAAGAUAUCUCAUCAAGUGGUACCAUGGGCAGUGAGGUCCCCACCCCUGGAGCUGCAGUCAGUGGGGAUAAGAGUUCCAUCUCAAGAGUUUAGGGUUCCAGCUUUCAAUAUCCCAGAGUAUUACCAACUUAGAGUUCCCCUAAUUGGCCUUCUGGAUGUCUCAUCCAACCUUAAGAGCAACUACUACAACUGGUCAGCAUCCUAUUCUGGGGGCAACGCUACAAGUGACAUCUACAGGUUCACUUCUAGGUACCAAGUGAAAGCAGACACCAUUUUUGACGUUUUGUCAUACUCAGUUGAUGGCUCUGGAGUGGCAACAUAUGAUCCAAUGAAAACAUUAAGCCUGUCCUAUGAGGGAUCUUUAAGUCAUACCCUGCUUGAAUCAAGCAUGAGAUUCAGCGAGCAGUACAACUUCAAGAGUAACCAGAUCUAUAAAGGAUCGUAUACAUAUCAGGCCAGAAGUGUCCUGGGAUUAGAUUCUUCUGGAGCUCUUUCAGCCAAGUCAUCAGUAGCAAAUAACAUACUGACCACAGAGAUGGACGCAAAUGAGCGUUUUGCUGUAGCAUCAUUGUUUGCCAACAGUGACUUAAAGCUUGUCACCACACUCAACACUGACAAUUUCCAGGCUAAAGCUGAUUCCAACUUCCAAUUUGAGUCCUCUUUAUUGAAAGUCACCAACAAGAUAUCUGGAAUGUUCUUUAAAGAAGCAGUGACAAUGACUUCAACCACUGAACUGCUUGAUGGAGCUCUUGUUAACAUCAUGUCCUUAGAUUACAGGAACAAACAGCUAACUCUGAAGUCUGAUACCAAUGGAAAUUACUACAAUCUGGUUGGGCUGAACAAGCUUGAGCUCACUAUUUCAAAACAGAUAGCUGCUGUGCGCUCUGAAUAUCAAGCAAACUACAAGCGUAAGAGGUUCUACACUCUUCUAACUGGCUCUCUCAAUUCUCUUGGUCUAGAACUAAAUGCUGACAUGACCCUAAAUAAUCAACAAAGCAGAGCUGCUCACAAAGCUACUUUGAAGAUUUGCCAAGAUGGUCUGUCUACCAGUGCAACAACCAGUGUCAAUUUUAACCCCUUAAUGUUGGAGAAUGAGUUCAAUGCUGGUAUUGGAUCUUCGGGAGCAGUGAUGAAAAUGAUGGCAAAUGGACGAUACAGAGAACAUAGCGCCAAGAUUUCUGUUGAUGGAAAAGUUGCUAUGAUGGAACUAUCUUUGGGUAGUGUCUAUCAAGCUACAAUUCUUGGUUUAGACAGCCAGAAUCUGCUUAACUUCAGGAUUAGCCGAGAAGGACUUAAAUUCUCAAACAACCUAAUGGGUUCAUAUGAUCAGGUGAAACUGGAAAACAGUAAUGAUCUAAGCAUUGUUGGGUCCACAUUACAGUUUACCUCUAAGUUUGAAAAUUCCUUAAGCGCUGACAAGUUCCACAAGCACAGAUUUGACAUCCAGAUGCAGCCCUACACUAUGACAUCUAUGAUCAAUAACGAACUUCAAUAUGGUGCCUUAGAAUUGAACAACAGAGGCCAGCUUCAGCUUGAAGUAUUCAAGUUGAAUAUCAAUGGCAAUGUCAGAGGAGCAUUUAAUAAAGAUGAAAUAAAGCAUUCCUAUGGAUUCUCAGUCGGUAACCUGGCAGCAAACCUGAACACAGAUACUGUUGCAAAUAUACAAGGAACAGCUCACACGCACAGAUUUACUCUUGAUAUUGCUGGGCUUUCAGCCUCACUUAGCAGCAGCACAAACUGUGAAGCAAAAUCUAUGCGCUUCAGUAACAGGAUCCGUUCUGUUGUAGAGCCUUUUACCAUUACCAUCGACUCUCAGACUAAUGGAGAUGGGAGACUGAUGAUCUUUGGAGAACAAUCAGGACAGCUUUACAGUAAAUUCAUCCUAAAAGCUGAGCCUCUUUCUUUUAACUUAGUCCAUGAUUACAGAGGAUCCACCAGCAACUCAGUAGGUACAGGCAACACACACCAGACUCUUCUAGACUACAAGAUCAAUGUGUUGUUCACCCCAGCAGAGCAGUUAAGUUCUCUGAAACUGAAGAGCAGCCUGGACCAAAACACAUACAAUCAAGACUUGAAUGCAUACAACAAUGCUGAUGGCAUUGGAGUUGAGAUUAACAGUCAGGCCUUAGCAGACCUCUCCAUCCUGGACAGAGAGAUCCGUCUACCAUUUGCCAGGUUCAAUCCAAUUGAUGCAUUAAACUUAAGAGACACUGUAAACAGUCCUCAAGAGUUCAGCAUUUCUGGGUACAUAAAGUAUGACAAGAAUAAGGACAUGCAUGUCAUCAGUUUGCCUUUUAUCGAGAACAUGUCCUUGUAUUUUGAGAGGAUAAGAACUGUAUUGAUUAAUGCUCUAGAAGCUCUGCAAAAUUCAUUGAAGGAAGUGAAUAUUGACCAAUAUGUACAGAGAUACAGAAGGGCAUUGGACCCCGCUAUGCAGAAUGUAAUAGACUAUGUGGAAAACUUAAAUGUAGAAGAAAAAGUUAGAUUAGCAAAGGAUAAAAUAUUCACAUUGACCCAAGAAUAUAAAGUCACUGCAGCAGAACUACAAGUUGCAGUUGAGGAGUACUUUGCAGCACUUCAGUACCGCCUACAGUUCUAUAUGAAUGAAAUUGACAGAUACAUCAGAGAGAAUUAUGACUUUGAGCAGCUUAAGAGAUCUCUUGAGAUGUGUAUACAGAGAUGUGUUGACAAACUGAAGGCUUUAGAUUCUGAAUACAGAAUCCGGGAGAAGAUCUUUGAAAUGGUUCAGAACAUACGUGUGCAGCUGGAAGCAUUCAACAUCAAUGAUUUAGGACAAAGUGUGGCUGCAUGGAUUCAGAAUGUAGAUGACCUAUAUCAAAUUAGACCUAGGUUGCAAAGACUCUUACAACAAAUCCAAGUGUAUGUUCAGAGAGUUGAUUUUGACCAAAUGGCACAAAAUGUAAAAGAAGCACUGCGAAGCAUUGACAUAUCCCCAUAUGUAGAUCAAAUAAGAAACUCAUUGCCACUUGAGAAGCUCAGAGUCAUUAUAGAACACAUCACAAAUCUUAUAACCACACAGUUGGAGGAAUUUGAAAUCAGUGAGAAAAUAAAUGCUGUUGUUGACAAAUUCCAAGACUUUGUGGCCGAUUAUGAACUUGUCAAAAAAGUUGAAGUCCUUCUAGAAACGUUUGUUGAGUUCCUCAACCAGCAGAAAGUCAAAGAGACAGUGAAAAAGCUAAGAGAUAUGCUCAAUAACAUUGAUAUCAGGCUAUAUUACAAAAAGGCUCUCACUUUUGUUGAUUCCACAGUCAAGCAAGUGAGAGACUAUGACUUUAAGAAGCUCAUUGAGGACAUCAAUUACUACCUUGAUAUUGUAAUUAAGAACAUGCGGUCUUUCGAUUAUGACAAGUUUGUGGAUGAUGUCAACAUGUGGAUCAAAGAGAAAACAGAAAAGCUGAAUGAUAAAAUGAAAGCCCUGGAACUGCCUCAGAAGGCUGAAGCCUUAAGACAGUAUUUGAAUAAUGUAAGAGCAGUGGUAACUGAAUAUCUUCAGGAAGUAAGAGACACCAGACUUGCUGCUAUCAUGCAGUGGUAUGAAGAUAUCAUGACCUCCACGGUACUAAAUGAGUGGAAGACCAGAACAAUUGAACAUCUUGAAGAUGCCAGAGACAGAAUCUAUUCAAUGAACAUUCAAGAAGAAUGUAAGAAAUAUCUACAACAGCUGAGCCAGGCCUACAGGCGCCUCUUGAUGUAUGUAACAGAGCAGUGGAACCUUGCAUCUGUCAAGAUUGCCAGAUUUGCAGAUGAGAACAAUAUUAAAGAAUGGUCUGACAAAGUGAACAGUUUUGUUGAGGUAGGAUUUACUGCACCAGAAAUGAACAUAGGAUUUAUCCGUAUUCCUGCAUUUGAAGUUAGCCUCCGGGCCCUUAGAGAAGCAACAUUUAGAACGCCAUUCCUUACUGUGCCAUUUACCGAUCUGGAAAUCCAAUCAGUGGAGAUCAAUUUUAGAAAGCUAAAAGAUUUGGAAAUUUCAACAAGAUAUGUGACUCCAGAGUUCACUGUAUUAAACACCUACAAAGUACCAUCGUUUGUUAUUGAUCUGAAUGAGAUUAAACUGAAGAUUGUACGAUUAAUUGAUCAGAUCAUUUCAAGUGACUAUAAGUGGCCAUCUCCAGAUGUUUUUUUAAGAGAUCUAAAGAUGAGUGACAUGGGGUUUCCUGAAUUUUCCAUUCCAGAAAUCUAUAUUCCUAAUAUGCAAUUUCCUGAGUACAAUAUCCCCAAACUAAAUAUGCAAAACUUCAAAUUCCCUGAAAUACAGAUCCCCGAAUUCCAGCUUCCAAAGAUUCCACACACUGUAUCUCUUCCAACUUUUGGCAAGCUUGCUGGCUCAUUCAAAGUGAACACACCGUUUUUCAACAUGGACACUUUAGCUGAGGUCAAGAAUGCUACUGUAUCUGAGAAGUCACCUGAACUCAUUGCAUCACUCACAGCAGAAGCCAAAUCUAUGAUUGAAGCUUUGGCAUUUACAUUUGGUGCUGAUGCUCGAAUUUCUGCUCCCUUGCUGGAACAGUUGAUCUUCAAAGAAACUGUGCUGUUUUCUCACCGCAAUGUCAAAUUGGAUCACUUUAGUGAGAUCAUAUUCAUGUCAAGUCACAUUCAGACACAGAUCCAAACCAAUGCUAAUGUAAGAACUGAGAAGAAUUCAGCUGAGUUGCAGAGUUCAAUUAUCAUGAAAAUACAAAGCAGAAUCACAGCAGAUGUUACAACCAAAUAUUCUCAUAGUCUCAAUAUUCCACAACUGGACUUCACAAGCCAGCUUGCUCUUCAAAACGAUAUUGACACAACUGUGGACAUUGGACGCAUCAACCUUAUAUCUUCUGGUAAAGGAAAUUGGAAAUGGGCUUGCCCUUAUUUCUCAGAUGAAGGUACCCAUCAAGCAGACUUCAAGUUCAAUCUGAAAGGUGGCAACAUUGAGAUUUUGGGAACCAACAAGGUUAAUGACAAAUAUCUAAAAUUAGAUCAAAACCUCAAGUAUGACUCAGUGCUCUUAAAUUAUGUGGCACUUGAAAUCAUGUCAAAGGCAGAUGCGCCUACCAUUGGAAACAGCAUUGUGACUGUUAAAGGAAGGGCACAGGUUAAUGAGAUGAAAAUAGAACUAGAGGCAAAUCAUAACUCAGAGCUAUCAGGCCGAGCAACUGGUACAAUAAAUAACAACUUUGCCUUUUUAGUAAAAGCAUUUGAAACAAAACUGUCUACUGCUAACAACGGGAAUCUUAAAGUCAGUUUCCCCCUAAAGCUCACUGGCAAGAUUGACUUCAUGAACAACUAUGACUUUACAUUGAACCCAUCUGUUCAGCAAGUGUCAUGGCAGGCCAAUGGAAGGUUCAACCAGUACAAGAUUGCUCACACUAUUUUAGUAGGAAAUAAUGAAGAAAGUAUUCAAGCUACUUUGGAAAUGAAUGGGGAAGCUGUUCUUGACUUUUUGACCAUUCCAGUCUCCAUUCCAGAAAUUUCCAUCCCAUACACCUCACUUAAAACUCCACCAGUACAGGAAUUCUCUUUGUGGGAAAGAACUGGACUGAAGAAUUUGUUGACAUCAACCAGGCAGAACAUUGAUCUGAAUAUAAAGCUUCAAUACCAAAAGAACAAGGAAAUGCAUGCAAUUCAUGUGCCCCUAGACACACUAUUUGAUUCCAUAAACACAAACAUGAAGACCCUGGGCAAAACAUUUGAAAGUGGGCGUGACAAUACUUUGAGUUUCUUGAUGGAUUCCUACAGCCAAGCUAAGGCAAAAUUUGACAAGUAUAGAGUAGACAAUCUGGUGAGCAAAAUUCCAAGAACCUUUAGGAUUCCAGGCUACACCAUCCCACUAGUCAACAUUGAAGUAUCCUCUUUCUCUGCUGAGCUUCCAGCUUUUGGAUAUGUAGUUCCUAAAGAAAUAAGCACCCCAAGCUUUAUUGUUCCAGGGAUUGGAUUCUCUAUGCCAACAUACAAAUUAGUCCUACCCUCACUCGAACUGCCCGUUCUUCAUGUUCCAAAUUCUAUUCGUAGACUGUCCCUUCCUAACAUAAAGUUACCAACUGGACAGAACAGUAUUUUAAUUCCAGCUAUGGGUAACCUUACUUAUGAUUUCUUCUUCAAAUCCAAUGUGAUUUCACUCACCACAAGUGCUGGAAUAUAUAAUCAGUCCGACAUCUCUGCCCGGGUAAGCAUUGCCUCUACCUCUGUUAUUGACAGUCUGCAAUUCAAUAUAGAUGCUACUACUGGACUUACAAGGAAGAGAGGUCUAAAACUGGCAACUGCACUAGCUCUGAAAUCUGUUUUUGCUGAGGGAAAACAUGAAAGUUCCAUAUCAUUUGGAAAGAGAAAUGUGGAAGCAUCAGUCAUCACAAAUGCAAAAAUGGAUACAAGUCUGAUAAAGAGCACCUUCAAACAGGAACUUAACGGCAACACAAAGACAAAGCCAACUGUUGCAUCUAAAAUCCUAAUCACAUAUGACCUUAAUGAUGCAUUAUUUGGAAACACAGCUAAAGGAAAGCUUGAUCACUCUCUAAAUCUUGAAGGUCUUACAUCUUACUUUUCGUUGGAAACACAGACAAGUGGAGAUAUAAGUGGAACUCUUUUGUCUGAACAGAUGUUUAAUGGAAUGUUCACCAGUGAUGCAAACACCUACCUAAAUGCCAAUGGUCUCAGAUCAUCUGUAAGACUUGUGUCUAGAGCUAGAGCCGACAGUAUUGGAAACAUGGACUUAACAGAAAGUCUGGCUGUUGAAGCCUCUACCCGCCGUGUAUUUGCUCUUUGGGAACAUAAAGGAGAAAACUAUUUCAGGUUCACCCCACUUUUUACAUCAAAGGGACAGCAAAGCAGCAAAGCAACACUAGAGUUGGCUCUUUGGAGUUUGCUGGCAGACCUUCAAGUCCAGAUUGACCAACCCAACUCAUUUAUUGAAGCUGCAUCAUUAAACCAAGGCAUUUCACUAACACUUAAUAACGAGAAACAAGAAUUUAGCGUGAAAGGACAUGGCAUUCUAGAGUCCCUUAUCGCUGCUCAUGACCUGAAACUAUCAAAUGACCAGACAGAUGCAAGAGUGGAGGUUGGUGGAUCCCUGCAGGGUCAUGUGGAUUUCCUAAAAUCAGUCAUUCUUCCAGUGUAUGAUAGAAGUUUGUGGGAUGUCUUAAGACUUGAUAUUACAACAAGCCCUGACAAGAAACAGUACUUGAAUGCUUCUACAUCACUAAUUUACACAAAAAGCCGUGAUGGAUCUUUCUAUCCUUUUUCAUCUGAGAGGCUAGGUGAUGACUAUACAAUGACCUUCCCAGGAUUUAAUCUACCAAAAGAUGCCCAUCUGCCGUCAUCACUUCCAGAAGUCCAGUUCCCUGCAGUCCCUAUCAAUGUGCGAUACACUGCAGGAGAAGAUUCUAGAGUAUCCCUUGUUGAGCUUUCUGUACCACAAUAUGAGGUUACUCUGCCUAAAUAUACUCUUCCCAAAACUUUCUACAACUUAGAUUUCAACAAAUUGUUAAAUAAGAUAGCAGACAUUGACCUACCAACUAUUGAAAUCCCAGAGCAGAGAGUUGUGAUCCCACCAGUACGUCUGGUAAUGCCUGCCGGAAUUUACAUCCCAGCAUUUGGGGCCCUGUCCGGAUCUGUUCAGCUUACAACCCCAGUAUACAAUCUUACAUGGACAAACAAAUUGGCAAACAACCCAGAAAGUCUUGUUGGUUCCAUCGAUGCCACCAGCAGUUCAACUCUACGAUUCCUGGAGUUCGACCUAGAUGCUUCAUUGGCUAGUUCUUUAGAUGGCAGAUCUCGAAAUAUUGUUGGAGAGGGAAAUCUUGCACAUGUGGACCUGAGUGCUGUUUGGAAGGAACAAGCCUCUUUCAUUGGAUUAAGGAUGCAAGGCCACAAUCUUCAAGUUGACAUUACGAGCCCGACAUUCACAAAUGUACAAAUAAAAUGCCAGCAUGAUGAGAAUGGCAUUUCCUCAUCCGUUUAUUCUCCAUCUUGUGGAACUCUGGGACUUCAACUGGAAAAGGACUCAAAGAUGAUCAGAAUUAAACUCUACAGCCGUUCUUUGGCAUCUCCUGGAAAGGACACAUUAAUUCUGAAAAAUGAGAUCUCACUAAAGAACCCAGACAGGAUUCAAAACAAAUUGAAUUGGCGAGAGGAAGCUGCUGAAGAUGUUCUCAAUGGUUUGAAGGAGAGACUGCCCAAGAUGUCUGAUGCUAUCUACAACUGCAUCAAUAAAUACCACAGGGAGCACUUGGGAAUGGACAUGAAAGAUGCUAAUCGACUUAUGAAAGAGCGCCUUCAGUCCAAGGUUUCCUCAACGUACCAGUCUGCAGCCAAUCAAAUCGACAAGAUAGAUUAUCAGCUUCGGUCAGCAGCAAGAGAUGCCAGUGGUAAAUAUGCCAGUGCUGUGUACAAAGCAAAACAGAUGUACCAACAGCCACCAGACAUGUCAUACCUCAUGAAUGAUGGUGAGCUGGGAGCUCAGCUUUAUGAUCAAUCAAUUACCGUUAUAAGAAGCUACCAAACCAUGAUGAGAGAUAUCAUUGAUGCCUCUAUUGAGUUUUUAAAGAGCACAAGAUUUCAACUACCAGGCCAGACCCAAAGAUACACUGGGGAACAACAGUUCGACAUGGGGAUGAAAUGGGCAACUUCAAAGAUUGAAGCAUGCAUUCAGAAGAUCCAGCAGCUUCUUGAUGGCUUCAUUCAAUCAAUUAAUAACACGAACUUUAAAAUCCCAGGCACAGACACAGUUAUUGAGGGAAGACAAGUCAUUAUGGCUGUAAAAGACUUUUUAAAAGAACUCAAGCAGAUUACUGAAAAUAUUUUUAGAGAUCUCCAAUACUUCAGCCUUGAGAAAUAUCUGCAGCAGCUUAAAGGUUUGAUUCAAGAGAUGUCACAAAAAUCAGAACAAAUCAUUGAAGCCCUUAAGUCUAGAAACUACCAAGAUAUGAAACGACAAACACAACAGAUGUACAAUGAUGCUGUCAACUCCAAAUAUGUACAGUAUGUUAGUGACCUCGCCGAUAAAAUCAAAAAGAGCACCAGUCAGCUGGAAACCGUUUGGCAGAAGAUGUAUGAGGAACUUUCAGAGAAACUUAAACAGCUUCUAAUCUAUGCCAAGGCCUUGCGAGAAGAGUAUUUAGAUCCAAAUAUCGUAGGGUGGUCCGUGAAAUAUUACGAACUGGAAGAAAAAGUUCUUCAGUUCUUUCAAUUCAUCAUCGAUUCACUAAAAGAACUUCCAUCAAAAUAUGGAGUAGAUGUCUCAGAAUAUGCGGACAAAAUGAAAGAGUACUAUGACCAAGCCAUUGUACUAGCAACCAAUGCAGAAAACAAAGGGCAGAGGCAGGUUCAGGAAUUUGCAUUAAAGGUAGAGCAGAAAGGAAGUGAGUGGCUAAACGCUGCCAGGAAAGCUGCUGUAGAACAUUCACAAAUGUUUUACUCCAAACUUGAAGCAUUCGGUCAACUGUCUUCUGAGAAAUUUCUUGCUGAAGCCAAUAAACUACUUGAUCAGGUCAUCCAACUGUACAAUGCCUUUUCACAGUACAUCACAGAGAUGUUGCAAUAUUUGCAGAAUUCUGCUAACGAGGGAAUAAGAACAUAUCUUUCCACACGUAAAGGAGAAAUUAAAGUGGACGUACCCCAUCCCUUUGACUGGAAAUCCUUUGAUGAAGUUCCUCAGCUGAGAAAUGACAUCAUAGCUAAGAGGAUGGAAAUUGCACGUUCCAUGGUCCUUGACGGCAUCGACAAAAGCACCCAGAAAUGGGAAGAACUACAACGCUUUAUUGAGAAACAACUUGAGGAUGGAAGACUAAGCGCGCAGCAGAUCAUUGAAAAUGUCCGUAACUGGAAGAAAAACUGAACAGAUAAUAUGUACUGUACUAGCUGAACAUUUGGGUUAUUACUUUGUCUGAAAAAAAAUAACAGCAAUCAGUUUAUAUUACGUUUUAAAGUUAUUGUUGUUUCUUUAAAUGAAAAAAAAUGUGUUUUAUUUCUUAAAGUUGAACUAAUAAAACAUCUUUGUUAUAAGCUGGCAUUAUUUUAACUAUUUUCUUUCUCAUUUUAGAUUAUGCCUAAUCAACAUUAAAAUGCAUCCUAACA